CACACACACACACACACACACACGUCUUUUUAAAUUGCUGUUAUUAAAUAAAUCAAUCCCCCUUUUCCUCCAGACCUCGCGCUGCUUCUCCUGAUUGACGCGUAAAAUUGGUGUUCAACUGGCAGCGCGCGCAUCACUUUUUUUUUGUUGUUGCUGUUACACGCACACAUAUUUGCGCGCGCGCGCGCGUGUGGAGUGUCGGCUCGAGUGUUGUCUGUUUUUCUAAGUAAUGGCUAUCUUUCUCUUCCUAAAUGUCAUUGUGGUUUAAUCGGCCGCGUUGUCAUGGUGAAAAAGUAAAAAAGGCAUGAUAUUUAUGGGAAGGAGCGCGCGGGGCUUUUAAGGGCAGCUGCAGCCGCGCGCUCCGCACGCGCCGACAAUCCUCCCCGUCAUGUGUGAAGACUGCAAAGGAGACGGAGAGCUGCUGGGCAAGUGCACGGAGGACAGGAGGGACAUCAUGGGCGCGCCGGUGGAAGUUCUGGAUGAGGACACGUCGUCCCCUCGGGAGAUGCCCUCCGCGCCMCUGCUGGGCAGGAGCGUGUGCGCGAGCUGCAACGAGGAAAUAGUGGAUAAAUACUUAUUAAAGGUGAACGACUUGUGCUGGCAUGUGCGCUGUCUCUCGUGCAGCGUGUGCCAGACCUCGCUUGGCAGCCACGCGAGCUGCUACAUCAAAGAGAAGGAGGUUUUCUGCAAACUGGAUUACUUUCGAAGGUACGGCACCUGGUGCGCGUGCUGCGGCAGGAACGUGCACUCCACGGACUGGGUCCGCCGGGCCAAGGGCAGCGUCUAUCACCUGGCCUGCUUCGCCUGCUUCUCCUGCAAGAGGCAGCUCUCCACCGGGGAGGAGUUCGCUCUGGUGGAGGGGAAGGUGCUCUGCAGGGUCCACUACGACUGCAUGCUGGACAACCUGAAGAGGGCCUUGGAGAAAGGAAGCAGUGUGAACAUGGAGGGAGCCGUGCCCACUGAACAAGAAAUUAACCAGCCUAAACCCUCAAAGAGAGCCAGAACCAGUUUCACUGCCGACCAGCUGCAGGUGAUGCAGGCUCAGUUCGCUCAGGACAACAACCCUGAUGCUCAGACCCUGCAGAAGCUGGCAGAGCAGACCGGCCUCAGCCGGAGGGUCAUACAGGUCUGGUUCCAGAACUGCCGAGCGCGCCACAAAAAGCACGUGAGCCCCAACCACACCUCCAGCACCCCCAUGACCACCCUGCAGCCCAGCCGCCUGUCCCAGCCCACCCCGACCCCCGAGGAGCUGCAGUACACCGCCUACGGAGGCCCAGAGGGGUCCAUGCUGUCUGCGCUGCACUCCUUCAUCGACA